AAGGUGGCGAAACGAAAUAGUGUAAUUCAUUAACGAUGCAAUUUGUAAUAUAAUUCUAUAAUUUGAGAACUUACUUUAUAGUUGCCUCAUUUUUUAAAGAGAUUCCCGUUUAAGUUAUUACAUUCACUCGUUUACUAAAUUGUAGAAUCAAAUUUCGAAGUUAGCUUACUCAUUUCCGCUUCUGACAUAAACAUUGAGAAGCCAUAUUUGAUGUUUUAUAUGUCAAAACUACAUCGGUUAAAUCCAUGAUCAUCCGCACAGUUUUUCGAUUAUUUUGAAUUACUUACCCAGGACUAUUUAGCUGAACUAUUCAUCUUUCACGUACUGCAUUGUUAUUGGAAUUUAAAAGAUGAGCUUCCUUUUUGGAAGUCGAAACAAUAAGACCUUUAAACCUAAAAAGAACAUUCCAGAAGGAACUCAUCAGUAUGAUUUGAUGAAACAUGCAGCAGUUACAUUGGGGAGUGGUAACCUCAGGUUAGCGGUUAUGCUACCAGAAGGAGAAGACCUUAAUGAAUGGGUUGCAGUGAAUACUGUUGAUUUCUUCAAUCAGAUUAAUAUGUUAUAUGGAACAAUAACAGAAUUCUGUUCAGAAGAAACUUGUCCUGUAAUGUCAGCAGGACCAAAAUAUGAAUACCAUUGGGCUGAUGGUACAACUAUCAAAAAACCUAUAAAAUGUUCAGCACCAAAAUAUAUUGAUUACCUGAUGACAUGGGUUCAAGACCAACUGGAUGAUGAAACAAUUUUCCCUUCAAAAAUCGGUGUUCCCUUUCCAAAGAAUUUUCUAACCAUUGCCAAGACAAUAUUAAAGCGCCUUUUCAGAGUUUAUGCACAUAUCUACCAUCAGCAUUUCAAAGAAGUAGUUCAGCUUAGCGAGGAAGCUCAUCUGAAUACUUCUUUCAAGCAUUUCAUAUUUUUCGUACAAGAGUUCAGCUUGAUUGACCGAAAAGAAUUGGCACCAUUACAAGAACUUAUUGAUAAAUUAAGCUGUAAAGAUCGAUAAUGCCUUAUCUAGUCGGCCGUCCAUGAGUGUUUAUGUCUCAGUAAAACAAAUUUUGCUUGCUUUGCUUAUGUUUUUUUUUUUUUUUUGUAAUUGGACCCCUCCCCCUGUAUCUGUCUACAGUAAAAAUAUUUGACGGGUCUAAAAGAACCCUUAAUACAUGUUGUUCUUUGCUUGUGUGUAAAUGUGAUAUAGUAGAUAUUUCUGGUGGUGUUGUAAAGAAAUUUAAGUUAAAAGUAACGGUAGAUUAUGGAAUAAGCUUGAUUGGUAAUGACAAGUCUAAAACUUCAGCAGUUCUAAUCCUUCUGUUCUGAUUUAGGACAUUAAUUUUGUGAAAUUUUAUGUAAUGAACCUUAAAUGUUCAAAUGAUUUGAUUUUGUUUAGUUUUAGUAAAAUUUAAAAAAUGUAUUAAAUAUAGCACCAGAAAAUAGUAGGGUCGCCUGUCCAACCUCGUGAGUUUUCUCCGUGUCCUCUGGUUUCCUCCAACUACUAAAGACCCCUACGCGCAAGCGAAUUAUUGAAAUAAAAUUGAACCAUGUGUUACUCCCGAAAUGACCUAGUUUGUGGAUGUUAAACCCCAUUUUUCUCUAUAAAUAUAUAUACCGGUACGUUCAUCAAUUUGAAUCUCACUGACUUUACUUUAAGUUCAGUUAGUCAAAAACAAGAUAAAUGUCAAUUAUUGUUUUACCUGUGGAUUUGUUUGUGAUAAUAUGCAUGUCAUUGUGUAGUAUAAGUACUAGAUUUUAGUUUGGUUUUAUGUCACGCUUAGUGCUUUAAUUAAGUUUUAAAGAUGCUGAAGGAUUUAUGUUCUUUGGUUACUAUGUAUGAUGUAUUAUUAUUUAUAAGUCCCUCUUUUUUCUUAAAUUUGUAUUUUAAUUUUCCCCUAUUUCUCAAACUUAUUUUGUCAGCCAAGAUUGAUCCAAUGCAUGGGAGUGAAGCAUAAAAAACACUACAACAUUAUUUUUUAAAGUGAAAAAUUCAUAGUGAAUUUUCAACUACUAUAAUUUAGUCUUAAAAGUCCAUUCCUAGUUUGAUUAUAUUAUCAUAUUAGUAUGUUAUCAAUGGCAAUGGUUUAUUACAGAUGUUGUCAAACAAAUCAAUUGAUAAGGGGUUGAUGCAUUGGGUGUAGAAUUGGUCUUUUACAUUUUUGUGGAUAUCACCUCUUUUAAUUUAAUUAUUAAUGGGCCUUUAACAGCUAAAGUUAUAAGUUAGUAAUUGUCGAAACAAUAUAUUGUAGAGUUAAUUCAUUUUACCAUCACUUUUUUUUUCAUGACUUAAGCCCUCUAUUUAUUUUAAUGUUACAUUUUUUUCCUAUUUGAUUGAAGGUCUAAAUGGUGGUGAAACCUACUAAACAUACAGCUGCAAAACUUUGAUACUGUUAUAUAUACCACGUUCUAGUCUUCUGAAAAAUAUUUCCCUUUAUUUGUCUAAAUGCAGUUUUAAUAGAGAGUUGUAAAUACAAAGAAAGCAUUUUUUGGGGGUACUGGGAUAAUUUUAUUUGGAUAUGAACACAUCUUGUUAUCCAAUGCAAAAAUCAAAAUCUAAUUCUGUAAUAUUUUUGAACAAUGCCAAAACAAAGAUUCUCACAUGCUUUGGUUUUUCUAUCAUUUAAAAUUGCCACGAAACAUAGUAAUAUAUUUUUAAAUUAAAUAAAACACUAUUUAUGGAUAACAAUUACUAUGGUUUAUGUCACUGCGAUGUUUCAACAAGAUUUCAAAAGUCGUUAUCAAGCAUAUAUCAACACAAAUAAAUAAAAUGAAAUGAUUUAUAUAUGCUUAAUAACGACUUGUGAAAUCUUGUUGAAACGUUGCAGUAAUUUUAUUAAGUUCCAAUUGCUAAAAUGCCAUUCAGAGAAUAUAUUUUUAAAUUAAUAUUUGUUUUAAUCCUGCUGGUGGAUAUUUACUGGAUUAGACCAAGUUUUUUUUAUCAUAAAAUACACCACCAGCUUUUAAGGCUAUUUAAACUUGAAUUAAUCACAGAUUAAUUGUUAAAUGUAAAGUAUUUUCUAGUCUAGAUAUUUGUCAUAUGCAUGGAUUGCAUCUAAAGCCAAAGCAUACUAGUGAUUGUUUGUUGGCAUCAAGUCAGUUUUUCAUCCCACAUUGUUUUUGAUAAUUUAUCAGACAACAACUAACUCUAUUGUGAUUUUGAGGGGGAAGUUCAAUUUUUACACAAUAUACAUUGAUUUAUCCAUUAGCAAUGAUUUACCAAUUUUGACAAUUUUUACAUCGAGGUUAGUUGUGAUUAUUAUCAGGAUUAUCAUCUGUUGCACAUUGGCCAUUACUCACCGUUAAAUAACCACUAGUUUGUGACAGCCUUUAUUUUCUUUUUUUUCAAGCAAAUGACACUCAGAAAUAAAAAUAACUAAGUUUUGAGAGUUUCGAAGGUUAAACAAUUCACUUAAGUUGUCUGAUGUUUGGUACUAGCAAAUCACAAUCUUUAGCUUUUGUUUGCUGAAUAUGGCAGUGUUCUUAAUUUAUAUUUCAUGAUGUGAAUCAUGUACCUAUAUGUAAUUGUUAAUUAUUGUCUUGUGUAUAUUACUGUGAUAAAUUAUAAAGUUUUUAAUCAUACGAGCUUAACAUUCAAAAUUUAGUUGAAGAAGAAAUAUAUCUGUUACUGCUGUUAAUUAAGAAGUAUUUUUUAUACAUGUAGCAAUAAAUCUCUUUAAAAAAAAUUCUUUUAUCAGUUACUUCCCUCACUCUAUAUCUACAUGUAAAUAGUCUUAUAAAUAUAACUUUUAUUUAUGUCUUACAACUUAAAUUCAUUUACUAUAUAGUCACCUUUCAAUUAAUAUUAAAAAUAUAUAUAAAUUUUGUUAAAAAUUAAACGGUGUGACUGCAAGGCUAUUAUUCCCAAAGAAUGUUAAUUAUUGUACUGCCAUUGGAAAGAGUUUAGGUGUAUGCUGUCGUGAGCUACUCAGUGUAAAGUAUUGAUGUCAAAUUAUGAUUUAAAUGGGUACAAUUCACAUUCAUGUGAUUUAGCAUUCAAUAUUAUAAGCAAGAUGUAACCGAAUAUUAUUGUAAAAUUUAUGAAUGUUGAAAUUUUAAAUAUAUUCAAUGAUUUUCUAGAGCACUGUGUCAAAUGGAUUCUUUCUUUGAAGUACUUUGGAGUGAAUUUUAAAACGUACCGGUAAUUCAAAUUUCUAGACAUUUUAAGACAAAUUUCAAAACAUUUCAAUUGAAAUAUCCAAAUUGCUCUUUAAAUUUUAUAUCCAUGUCUAAUAUGAUAGAUUACUGUUCAGAAUGAUAAAUACUAGUGUAUUGACUAUUAGAAGUAUGACAUAGAUAACUAACACAUUUAAGUCAUUCGUUGUAGUAGCUUCCGUAUACAUUUAAGUCAUUCGUUGUAGUAGCUUCCUAUAUUAGGGAGAACAUCUUUACAUGGUAGUGUUAUUAGUUAUACAUUUUAGUUAUGAAAUAUCAGAAUAUUAACUAAAAUGUUCACUGGUUAAUUAUAAAAAAAAUCUCUCAAUUCACAUUGUUAAUUUCACUGUAUCAAGUGACUUAACAUUUUGCCAAAUGUGGUUAAAUUGAUGUAAGCUGUAUGUUGGCAAAAGGAUAUUCUCUGUGAUUAGUGUUAUGUGGACAAUGGGUACUGGUACUAAUUUUUGUUUGUUUUUUUUUUAAAUAUUUUACUUUACACGAAUUCUAUUGAUCAAUAUUUAUCAAUUGGAUCAGACAAAGAUGACAACUUUAGAUCUUUUUCAUUAAAAGAAGUACUAUAUUAUAUGUACCCUAAAAAUAGUUUAAAGGCUAUUUGUAUUUGAAGAGCUAACAGGAAGUCAGACCAAACCUACCCACUUCGACUUCUCAGAUUACAGAUUCAAGCAUCAAACAUAAUUGAUUUAUUCUGACUUAGGAGAAAAUACAUUUAUUUAUACAUUGCAAGCUAUUAUAAACUCAUAAAGUAUUUUUGCAAGUACUUUAUUAUUGUAGAAAAGGUGAAAAUUAUAUUUGAGCAGCAAGGCCUCAAUAAGAAGUGUGCCUUACUUUUUAAUUGGCUUGAAGGAAUCAUUGAGAAUUUGUGUCUUAUUUCGAUUUCUUUGGAGGUAUCUAUUUUGACCUUAAACCUGAUUACUUUUAGGCUAUCAAGAUAUAAUAAGGCAUGUUAUCUUUAGUAUUAUUAUAUUGAAUUACAUUAUAUUGUAGAAUUAUUAGUAUGUCAUUAUGAGUCACCAAUUAAUCAUGUUAAUUAACCACUUAUACAUCACAAUGGGUUAUUUGAGAAUAGCCUGUUAUAAGCAGCUAUAUCUUACAGUUAUAUCUUGCUAUAACAGUCUGUAAUAUAUGCAAGUUUAUCUGUGCCUAUAUAUAAUCUACCCGACUAUAUUUUCGAUAUUUAUUUGUCCAGGUCCUGAUUGUAAAUUGCUCAUUAGAUUUAUGUGCUGUGCAAGUCAAUAGAAUGCCAAAUGCUUGACUUCCUUGAAACUUUUGUUUUCUAACAAAAACUGAUUGUAUAAAUGAUGUACAUUAAACUAUGUAGUAUAUUAUCUUUUUUAUAAAAAUCUGAAAUCCA